UAUUGUGGUAUACUUGACACAAUCGUUGGCGCUAGUUUUGGAGUAGCAUCAAACACCUUCGUCCAACAUGAAGAUGUGGAUGUUUUCGCCGAAAUCAUGACACAAAUACGAGUAUUUCGACGGAUAGUAUAUUUGAAAGACUGUGAUCCGGUGAUUCUGUCACGUAUUGUUUGAUAAACGUGUAAAAGCCACGCUCGCUAACGUUAAUUAGCUUCAGGAAGCUGACAUAAACGUUAGCCUAGCUACGUGGCUACAUCAGCUGUCCCACGUCGCCAUGGAUGAUGAUUUUCUGCUUGCUAUUCAGCUACAGGAGCAAUUUGACAAUGAAUACGAGACGGCAUUGGUGUCAUCAAACGGCUUUGAUGAUAAUAGCUUCGGACAAAGCAGUAAGAAACGGAAAGUGGAGGUAACUGGUGGCGGCAGCAGCGAUGUUGUUCCCUACUGGAAGCCGACUGUCCAGCCGGAGAGGCCGCUGUCCAUCGUGGACGAGUCCUGGGAGAUGCUGGACCCCAGUCCCGAUGUCAGAGCUAUGUUUCUGGAGUUCAAUGACAUGUUCUUCUACGGGAAACUCAGCGGUGUCGAGGUUAAGUGGAGCCCAAGAAUGACACUGUGUGCUGGAGUGUGCUCUUAUGAGGGCCGAGGUGGACUGUGUUCAAUCAGACUCAGUGCCCCUCUGCUGAAGCUUAGGCCGAGAAAAGACCUGGUGGAGACUCUCCUUCAUGAAAUGAUUCACGCGCUGCUGUUUGUGACCCAGAACAACAGAGACCGAGACGGUCAUGGUCCUGAGUUCUGCAAACACAUGAAUCGGAUCAACAAGUCCAGUGGGACAAACAUUUCUAUCUACCACAGUUUCCACGAUGAGGUUGAUGUGUACCGGCAGCACUGGUGGAAAUGCAACGGGCCCUGCCAGAACCGCAAGCCCUACUUUGGCUUUGUGAAGAGGGCCAUGAAUCGGGCUCCAUCUUCUCUGGACCCCUGGUGGGAGGACCACAAGAGGACGUGUGGAGGGACGUACACCAAAGUCAAGGAGCCUGAAGGAUAUGGCAAAAAAGGCAAAAAGGAUGGGAAGGCCUCAGGAAAUGGAAAGCCUUCAAGUACAACUACAGGUUCUGGAUCACAGGACAUAAGGAACAUUAUCCCAUUUAGUGGCAAAGGCUUUCUACUCGGAGGGACAUCACAGUCCUCGACGUCUUCCUCCCCAUCUUACAAACUAGUAGUGCCUGUUCUGAAAACAUCCUCGUCCAGCCCCAUCUCCUCUCCAAAGAAACUCUUCACUCCUUCAUCUCCGGCUAAAAGUCUCAAUUCUCCUGUUCGCUCCGGCCUGGGUAACAAAGGAAUCUCUAGUGCGCUACCCUCCGUCAGACCAGCUACCUCCACGGGGCAGAAGCCACACAUAAAGAGGUCUGUUGGUAACACAAGGGUUUUUGUCAACAUCAACGGCUCGCCUGUGAAAAUCCCCAAACCCCGCAGCAGCGGUAGCCAAGAAGCAAAUAAAAUCAAACAGAGGUCCAUUGAAGACCUUUUCAACAGCACAAGUGUCAGAAAGUCAGUGAGUCAAUCCUCCACCUCAAACGCAGAACUUAAAAGAGAUUCACUAACAUCAUCAGACAUUACAAUGAGUGCUACCUCUGCUUCUUCCUUCUUUCCUAAACAACAAAGUACCCCUUCAGCUUCCUCUCCCAGAACAUUUAUUCCGAGUCCUAGUAAAUCCAGCCAUUCGCAGCUUUCUUCUGUGGUUUCAAAAGGAACCAAAGGCAGCCCUGCCAAACCAACACAUUCCAAGUAUUUCAAUCAGUCUAAUAGUGACGGUGCAUCGGGAGCUGCUGGUGGGGGUCAGGCAUCGAGGAAGAGGUCGUGGGACGACCGCAGCAGCUCAGCCAGCAUCUUUGACUUCUUCCAGAAGACACUAGGCAGCAAUUCAGCAGCAUCAGGGGAGUCUCUGAAGACAAAAUCACCUGCAAUGCAGCAAAGAACUGCCACUGCUACAGCAUCCUCCGCUACUUCCUCACUCCAUUCCUCUGCAGGAGUCCCCAGUUCUACCCCCACCUCUUCAUCCUCUUCCUCCUCUUCAGCAUUGAUGGUCAGCUGUCCAGCAUGCCAAGCACAGGUGGAGGAGUCAAAGAUCAAUGAGCACCUUGAUUCCUGCCUCUCGUAAAUGAGGAUGUGUGCAGUAAAAAGGAUAUAGCAAUAAAACCAAUGUUUAGAGAAGUUUCA